AGCAAGAAGCAUUAAAAUAUAACCAUGGGUGUCGGUAUUAAUUAGGCAACCACUUGAUCUGUGGCAAGAAAUGUAGUAAUGUUUCUGAAAUGUUUUGGUUACUCAAGUUCAUCUGGGAGACCAUAUCCAACAGUAAUAGAAGAGUUGUGUCGUCAUUUUUCUCUUGCUGAUAUUCGGAAAUCAACCAACAAUUUCGAUGAAAACAGAGUAAUUGGAGAAGGAGCAGUUGGUAGAGUAUACAGAGGUUGUCUCCAACAUAAUGAUGGAUCUGAUUACGCAGUCGCAGUGAAGCGAUUUAAGGCGCAAUACAGUGAGGAGUUCAAAAGAGAAGUAGAGUUACUGUGUCAACUUCAUCACCCUAAUUGUGUGUCUAUUGUAGGGUUUUGCAACUGCGAAACAGAGAAUAUGAUUGUGUAUGAGUACAUGUCCAAUGGAUCUCUACAUAGGAACAGCGCGUGGACUACACUACCUUCAUGCAGGACUGAAGCGCACCAUCAUUCACCGCAACAUCAAAUCUAGCCACAUUGUUUUGGAUGAGAAGAUGCACCCAAAACUCUCAGGUUUCAGCCUUAGCAUACUGGGAGCACAUUUCAAGGAAAGGCCAAAACCAAUAAAAAC